AUGGCAGAUGAACAAAAACGGUACUCAAGUUAUCGCGAUGACAGACAUACAGACAGAUUGAAGGACACACGCACUGACGGACGGACGAACUACACGGACCUAAACAUCAACACGGACCUAAACAUAAACACGGACUUAAACAUCAACACGGACCUAAACAUCAACACGGACCUAAACAUAAACACGGACUUAAACAUCAACACGGACCUAAACAUCAACACGGGCCUAAACAUCAACACAGACCUAAACAUCAACACGGACCUAAACAUCAACACGGACCUAAACAUCAACACGGACCUAAACAUCAACACGGGCCUAAACAUCAACACGGCCCUGUUUGACCUAAACAUCAACACGGACCUAAACAUCAACACGGACCUAAACAUCAACACGGACCUAAACAUCAACACGGACCUAAACAUCAACACAGACCUAAACAUCAACACGGACCUAAACAUCAACACGGACCUAAACAUCAACACGGACUUAAACAUCAACACGGACUUAAACAUCAACACGGACUUAAACAUCAACACGGGCCUAAACAUCAACACGGACCUAAACAUCAACACGGAACUUAACAUCAACACGGGCCUAAACAUCAACACGGACUUAAACAUCAACACGGACUUAAACAUCAACACGGACCUAAACAUCAACACGGACUUAAACAUCAACACGGGCCUAAACAUCAACACGGACCUAAACAUCAACACGAACCUAAACAUCAACACGGACCUAAAUGUCAACACGGACCUAAAUGUCAACACGGACCUAAACAUCAACACGGACCUAAACAUCAACACGGACCUAAACAUCAACACGGACCUAAACAUCAACAUGGGCCUAAACAUCAACAUGGGCCUAAACAUCAACACAGACCUAAACAUCAACACGGACCUGUUUGACCUAUACAUCAACAUAGACCUGCCGAAGACAGUUUGA